AUGGCUUACAACAACAUGAGAGGUAGGUCCUCUGUUGUGGUAUUAAAUGACUUUUAUAUGGACUUUAUUGAGGAGCAUGACAAGUUUUACCUAGCUUUCAGUUUCUUUGAUCUCAUGGAAUAUGACAGGGCAGCCCUCUCUGUCCAAGGCUGUAAGAACAAAAAAGCAUACUAUCUUCACAUGUAUGGCAGGUACCUGGCUGAUGAAAAGAGAAAAUUAGACAAUGCUCCGGAUUCAUUUGGUCCUCCAGACAAAUUAGAGAAUGGACACCUUAAAACUCUGAAAACAGAACUAGCCAAGAAGUAUGCCAUCACGGAACUGGAUGGAUUCUGUAUCUAUCUGUAA